AUGGCGAGAGAAACAAAGGACGUUUGGGUUGCUCUUAUGGGCGUUACUGGCUCUGGGAAAAGCACAUUUAUUUCCCAUUGCACUGGCCAGAAAGCCACUGUCGGAAAUGGUCUCCAGUCGUGCACACGCAAUGUUGAGGUCUACAGUUUCACCUACCGACCCGGACUCACGGUUCAUUUGGUCGACACUCCAGGCUUUGACGACACCAACAGGCAAGAUGGUGCUGUCCUCGGAGAGAUCUCAGGAUGGCUCAGCAAGACCUACACCGAGCAGAUCUACCUCAGCGGCAUCCUUUACUUUCAUCGCAUCAGCGACGUCCGGAUGCAGGGCACAGGAAAAAUGAACAUGUGGCUCCUCCGGAAGCUCUGUGGUCGCGGGGCGGUGAACAAGGUCGUUCUUACUACCACCAUGUGGGAGUUGGUCGAAGAGAGCACGGCCGAGCAGAGACUGAAAGAAUUGGAGGAGACCGAGGAGUUUUGGGGAUACAUGAAGAAAAAUCGCGCUGGAGGCCACCGACACUACAACAACAAAGAGUCGGCACUGAAUGUCCUUAGCCGGUUCGUGCCCCAGGAGCUCAAUGUUGAGCCUGAAGUUAUAAAGCUGGCUAUACAGACUGAGCUGGCUGAUGAUCACAAAACUCUUGAUCAAACCGGCGCAGGAAAGAUGCUCAACGCGGAAUGGGUUCAAGAGAAGGAGUCUCUCGAGAAUGAGCUUGUUCAACUUCUACAAGAACAACAGGAGGAGAUGAAGCAAUCAGUCGAGAGGAUGCGCCUCGAGCAGGAGAAACUUAGGGUCACGAUGGAACAGUUGCAUGCUGAGCGACUGGCCAAGAUGAGGGAGAUGCUGGAGCAACAGAGAGACGCUACUGAGUCUCUGAAUGCAGACUUGUGGGAGAAGGAGAGGGAGCGACAACAAGAGCAGAAGCGCCACAAGGAGGAGAAGCUCCGAAAUAAGAAAUUGGCAGCUGAACAGCAGAAGACUAUUCGUGAUCUGACGGUGAAGCUGAGCCCGGUGCAAUCUCCCAGUGCUGCUGAGCCACCACCAUGGACUCCAUCUGUAUUCGAAGAACAAAAGCCAGCCGAACCAAGCUGGCAAUGGGAACACACCCAAAGCCAGGACACGGUCUUCAGCGCUCACUGGACACUUGGCUUUACUCCUGACGGGAAGAAGCUCAUCGCCGGACACAACGAGAAAAGAAUAUCGGUUUUCAGCCGCGACGAGCAAGGGCAAUACCACAUCACGCAAGAGUUUAAAUGCUGGAGCACGAGCAAGUGGAAACGAAAGGGGUAUAGCCGAAUUACCGUCACCAUGAGACCAGACGGCCGUACCUUUGCGGUAUCUGCCGAGAACCGACGUAUCCAAAUUUACGAUUUGAAUGGCUCGGGCAUGUUUCGUCAAACGCAAAAACUUGAUCAGAAGGCCAGGAUGAUGGCCUCGUCGCCAGACGGCGAAUACCUGGUAUCGAUUACGAAUAUGUUUGACGGCAAGGUUCAGGUUUGGAAGGGGUUUGACACUCCUUUGCUACCCAUGAAGUGCGUUGAAGAGAAGAUCGUGCAUGACCUUGGGGGCAGCGUCGCCGGGUCCAUGGCCUUUAGUUCAGAUGGACGCCUAGCUUUGGUGUUGAGCGACAAAGUCAUCAUGUGUGCCCUAAACACGCUCACUGGAAUUCUCACCAAAACACAAGUCCUACCUUCAGACUUAAGCUCGAUCGAGAGUCUGACAUGGGCCCCAGAUGGCCGCACCCUCGCGUGCUCGGGACCCAGGAAAGAGCACGUCGAAAUCUGGACAACGGGACACGACGGGCAGAUGCAGCGGGUGGCAAAACUCGACACGCCCUGGGACUGGUGCAGACGUAUGUCUUUCUCGCCUGAUGGCAAUUUCUUGGCCAUUGCGUAUGAGUUUCAGGGGUGA